UUCUGCUCGCUUGUAUUAAACCGGUGAAAGCAGCUGCCUGCCUGCCUCGAUUUUUUUUAUAUGUGCCCCCUCUCUCCCUCACUGCUCUCGCUCUCUCCUUUGCACUGCUCCUCCGACUUGCUCUUCGCAAGACGGAGAAACAAGAACCAUCCCUCCCCCUACCGCUGCUACUCAUGCACGCGCGCACUGCCUCCUGGUGCCGCCGCGUAUGAUCCAGACAUGAAUAGGGCGCACAGCAGCAGCUCCAAGCUCAUCAACGAGAAGCUCGUGGAACACCGGAUCUCCACUGCGAAGCACUGCCCCCACUGCGGCGAGAAAAUCGACAGCAAACCGAAGGAUUGGGUGGGGCUGCCGGCAGGCGUCAAGUUCGAUCCAACUGACCAGGAGCUGAUCGAGCACCUCGAGGCGAAAGUGAAGGAUGAAGGCUCGAGAUCUCACCCUCUCAUCGACGAGUUCAUACCCACAAUAGAUGGGGAGGACGGCAUAUGUUACACCCACCCCGAGAAACUUCCAGGUGUGACGAGGGAUGGCCUAAGCAAGCACUUCUUCCACCGGCCGUCCAAGGCCUACACGACGGGCACGAGGAAGAGGAGGAAGAUACAGACGGAGUGCGACGUCCACAAGGGGGAGACGAGGUGGCACAAGACCGGCAAGACGCGGCCGGUGAUGGUGAACGGCCGGCAGAAGGGGUGCAAGAAGAUAUUGGUGCUGUACACCAACUUCGGCAAGCACCGCAAGCCGGAGAAGACGAACUGGGUCAUGCACCAGUACCACCUCGGCGACCUAGAAGAGGAGAAGGAGGGGGAGCUGGUGGUGUGCAAGAUCUUCUACCAGACGCAACCCAGGCAGUGCAGCUGGUCCUCCGACCGGGGCGCCGCCGCCACUGCCUUGGCAGCAACGGCGGCAGCGGCGGCGGCGCAGGAGCAGCAUAGGAGGGAUAGUGGCAGUGGCAGCUGCUCGUCUAGGGACCACGAGGUGUCAGCCACAUCGUUCCCAGCCGGAUACACAGUCACCACGGCCGUCGAGAUGCAGCAGCAUAUGAAGCAGCCUGCGGACCAUUUCAGCUUCGCGCCUUUCAGGAAAACCUUCGACCAGGAGGUUGGUAUAGGUGGUGAUCAGGUGCCAUCUAAUCAGCUUGGACGUUCAGAGCCGCAUCAUGCCGGCCUGGGGCAGCAGCCACACGGCCCGGUGCUCGCGACGAAGACGGCUGUGCCUGCUACAGCUUUCCUGAUCAGUAGGCCAUCGAACCCUGUCUCGACUAUAGUGCCACCUGCAAUGCAGCACGCAUCAGUUGUUCUCGAUCAUGAUCAGUUCCAUGUGCCAGCAAUCCUUCUCCAUCACCAUGACAAAUUUCAGAUCUGCCGGCUUGGAAGAACUGAUAAUGGGCUGCACGUCGUCCACAAGCACAAAAGGAGAUGCUUCCAUUGCUCACCCCCAAGAGACAGAAUGGCCUUACACGUACUGGCCACCUGACAACCAAGAUCAUCAUGGGUAGUAGCAACAGGGACCUGGUAAAUAGUGGCGAUGUGAAUGCUGAAGGAACACUAACCGCAACCACUUUCACUGGAAUGGUUUUUGUCUGCUUGAAUAUGCAGCGUUGCUUUCUUGGAGAAUGUACACCUACAAUAGUGGGGAAAGAACAGAGAAAAAAAACGUAUCUCUGUAGAUCUCCCUCAAUAAAGAAAUGAGGAUAAAACUAGUUAACAGUGUGAGCUCUCCAAGACAGAAGAGACAAAAUGGCCAACGAAAAGAGAAGGGGGAAAGACCGAUGGGAGGAAAGGUACUGUGUGUGCUGACAUUGAAGGGAUCAUGUGUGGACAGUUUAGAUGUAUUAGAACACCUUAAUCAAGUAUAACUAUAAUCAGUUUACGGUUUAUCACAGUUUUUUAUUCGUGCUACCUGUUAGUGGCAUUGUUUGCAUGUACAUUAACCCUUUUAAUUUCUUUUAGUUUCUAAAUUGAUGCUGAUUUUCCUUUGGUUAGUUCAUGCUAAUAUGCAUCACGAAGAAAUAAAGUUAGUAAGAAGCUCAUAAUUCCUUC